AUGGAUCACGACGACUUCGAUAGCGUCUCGUGGCGCCAUGGCCCAGACAGCGAUACCUCACGACCCCCGACGUCUGAAACCGAUACCGAAGAACAACAUGAGAACCGUCGCGAUCCCAAUGGCAAGCGGAGGAUGAGCUCGGCGAGCGAGAUCCCCCAGGCGGGGCCACACGCCGACGCCUUGGACCUCGCAGGCAUCGGAGAUGGAGUAUUAGAGUGUCGGGUGGAUUCCCCGAUCAAAGAGAACGACGGUACAAAAGAUGCAUACAUUUCAUACCUAGUAUCUACGCAUACCGAUUUCAAGUCCUUUCAAAGAUCCGACUUCACUGUGCGCAGGCGAUUCACCGACUUUGUUUUCCUCUAUAAGACGCUAUACCGGGAGUACCCUGCCUGCGCGGUGCCGCCGCUGCCGGAUAAGCAUAAGAUGGAGUAUGUGCGCGGAGACCGAUUCGGGCCGGAGUUUACCACGCGGAGAGCGUGGUCUCUGCAUCGCUUUUUGAAGCGCCUGACGCUGCACCCGGUCCUGCGGAGGGCUCCUUUGCUAGCGAUCUUCUUGGAGUCGCCUGAUUGGAAUGCGCAUAUGAGAGUGCGAGGGUCGCGGGCUUCGACAGGUGGAUCGGAUGGAGGUGGUACGGGGAUCUUCGAUAACUUCACCGACACGUUUGUGAAUGCGUUUACGAAGGUCCAUAAGCCAGACCGCAGGUUUAUUGAGGUGCGGGAGAAGGCGGACAAGCUGGAUGAGGAUUUGAACCAUGUCGAAAAGAUCGUAGCGCGAGUUGCUAGACGCGAGGCGGACUUGGAGACGGAUUACAAUGAUUUGGCCACGCAGUUCCGAAAGCUUGUACCGCUGGAGCCGGAUGUCGAAGUGCCCUUACAAGUUUUUGCUGCCUCUGUUGAAGAAACAGCGCGGGGAAUCAAGAAUCUUAAGGACCACACGGAUCAAAAUUACUUGGGCUCCCUCCGCGACAUGGAAGCCUACAUAUUAUCUGUCAAGGCACUUCUAAAAACGCGCGAGCAGAAGCAACUCGACUUUGAAGCCCUGGUCGACUACCGCAACAAAGCGGUGGCGGAGCGGGACUCCCUCGCCGCGAAUCCAUCCUCAUACUAUGCCUCCAACCCGCUCACGUCCUCCCCAGCAUCUUUCAUCCGGUCGAAGAUGGAGGACAUGCGCGGAGUCGACCACGAGCAAUCACGCCGAGAGCGGAUGCGGAAACUGGAGCUGCGGAUCGACGAGCUCACGCGGGAGGUGGAAUCAGCCAAGACAACGUCGGAGAUGUUUGACGAGGAGGUGGUGCGGGAGGUGGCAGACUUCGAGAGAAUCAAGGCAAUCGAGUUCCGAGAUUCCAUGGGCGCGCUGGCAGAACAACAUAUCGAGUUCUACCAGGGUGUACUGAACACUUGGGAACGAUUUGUUGCUGAGAUGGAGGAGGAACAGAGUAAUGCGGGGGACGCUCAUCCCAACGUAUAA